AUGGCUUCAGAUGCCUCUUGGGGGAUAAUGAUGAUUUGGAGUUUCAUUGUCAACUUGACUUCUGAGAAUAGCUAUGCACCCGGGUAUUCACAUGCACCAGCUGAUUUGAGCUCCUUCUUCACAUGCAAGCCGAGCUGUGGGCUCUCGCUUCAUUCCGCCCCCUUCCCCAGACUCUCUCGUGAUGCUCAAAUUCUCAAACCCCAGACUAGACAGGUCACCCCGGAUGGAGGCGUCGGUAGUGGACGGAUGAUUAGUGGACUUGAUCCCCAGAUUCAGGAUCAAAGCCGAAGCCAUCAGGAAGAGGCUCUAGCUGUCAACGGCAAGAUACUGGGGGGAUCAGCAACGACCAAAGCCAAGCGUUGA